CGCGAAACGGUUGGUCAAGAAGGGGGGAAACAGAGCAUGCAGCGGCCGCAGCUCAUAGAGAGCGCAGAACGGCAGUAAGCUUACAGAGCUUCAUCUCACUUCCCAAGUUCCAUUGAUGGCGGCUGCUCUCCUUCCUUCACCUCUUCUUCACCGAAAUCGCCAAAACCCAUCACCCACAUUGACUUCAUACGGCUUCUCCGCCACCCCAACUAGGGGUCUUCUCAUUCGCUGCUCGGCCAAGAAGAAGAUAGGCUUCUUCGAUCAAAUCCUCGACUACAUCGAAGGAGGACCGAAAUUGAGGAAAUGGUAUGGGGCACCUGAACUCCUGCCAAAAGAUGGAUCGUCUGCGGCAGAAGAAGCCGAUGAUGCUGAAUUUGCAGACGAUGAGGUGAGGGAUGCAGUCCUAGUUGCCGAUGGUGAUUCUGAGCUUGGCCAGAUGGUGAUACUUCAACUGAUUGUCAAACGAGCACGAGUCAAGGCAUUGGUGAAGGAUAAGAGGGCUGCAAUGGAAGCUUUUGGGACUUACGUUGAGUCCAUUGUGGGUGAUGUGAAUAGCAAGCCAUUUCUAAGGAAAGCUCUUCGUGAUGUUGGUGCCAUUAUAAGCCCCAAUGAGGGGUUCUUUGCCAGUUUUGAGAGCUUCAAAGGUAUAAAGCACAUAGUCCUUUUGUCUCAGUUGUCUGUUUAUAGUAGCAGCAGUGGCAUUCAAUCUCUGAUGACAAGCAAUGCAAGAAAACUGGCCGAGCAAGAUGAAUCAACUGUGAAAAACUCGGGGGUUCCUCACACCAUCAUCAGGGUUGGGGCCUUACAGAACACUUCCGGUGGAGCACAAGGUUUCAGCUUUGACAAGGCAAGUUUAGGUUGUGCAGAGAAGGGAAGUCUGAGCAAAGAGGAUGCUGCAUUCAUUUGUGUGGAAGCUCUUCAAGUUAUCCCACAAGGAGGAGGAUUAGUCUUUGAGGUGAUUAAUGGAGGAGAGAAGGUAUCAGAUUGGAAAGAAUGUCUAACCAGAUUGCUGGAGGGAGGAGGGCAAUAG